UGCGUUCUCUCUCGCACAGGUUAGUAACUGCUUCCCCUUAUCCCCUCUUUUCGCGUGUGCGAGAGAGAACGUUCAAUGCACGAAACAGAGUGCAUCCUUUUCUACGUGAGCUCUACCCCCACUCCGCCAACCAGCAGUCUAGAUAUACUAUGUCUAUGGGUAGAGCCAUGAUACACUGAAAAACCUAAACAGUAAAAACUUGAGAUGUAAGGGAAGCGACCAGUCACGGUCGAGAAUCUUAACUGAUGCUCCGCGUUUAGUUAUCUAUAUUUAACGCGUUGUGGAGUUUCCGUUUUGGUCGCAUGCGCACACCGCGCGGAUACAAAAAGCGCAUUUUUUUGACAUUAAUCGUCUCCAGCACUUGAGCGAAAUGAAGAAAUACGAAAGCUUUAAGUCGAAGAAGUACGAGAUUCUGAAGCACAUCGGGGAAGGAUCCUUCGGACAGGUGUACAAAGCUAGGAAACGUUCGGACGGUGAAAUCGUGGCUUUCAAGAUGAUAAGAAAGUGUGGCAGAUCAUACAAAGAGCUCAAGAGUCUGCGUCAAGAGUGCGAGAUUCAGCGUCAUCUGAAGCAUCCAAAUAUCGUACAGAUGAUAGACUCAUUCGAGACAGAAUCUGAAAUCGUGGUUGUGACAGAGUAUGCAGAUAAGGAAUUGUAUGAUAUACUGGCCAAGGAAGGUAGACUGUCCGAGGAAAGGGCGCAGGUGAUAGCUUGCGAUCUAGUAUCUGCGCUUUAUUACUUGCAUUCAAAUCGGGUAAUGCACAGAGAUCUCAAGCCACAAAAUGUUCUCCUGGAAGCGAAUGGUAUAGCUAAACUAUGUGAUUUCGGAUUUGCUCGAAGUAUGAGUACUGGCACACACGUACUCACCUCGAUCAAAGGCACACCGUUGUACAUGGCACCAGAACUAGUAGAGGAAUAUCCCUAUGAUCAUAACGCUGAUUUAUGGUCUUUAGGCUGUAUUGUUUAUGAAUUGGUGGUCGGGGCACCGCCAUUUCAAACUAACUCAAUAUUGCACUUAGUUAAGUUGAUCAGAUUUGAAGAAAUUAAGUGGCCAGACUUCAUCUCUUCAACUUGUAAAAGCUUCUUAGAGGGUUUACUUCAGAAGAAUCCUUUGCAACGGUUAACUUGGCCUGAUCUUCUCCAACAUCCGUUUGUCAAAGAUCGGAUUAUAAUAGUAGGCGGUGCUGUACCUACUGCGUUUACAAAUCCGCUAUCUGCAAGCCAAGCAAGAGCAAAGCAGCAACAAUUACAAAGUUUAGCUAUGCGCACUGCAAAUCAAUCCAAGAUUGUGGAGAGAGCAAUAAAGAAAUUACAAGAACAGGAGAGAAGACAUUACGAGUAUCGGCAACGAACGUGCAUUUCACAACCAGGCUAUUUAAUGUCUCCUGCGUAUUGUGAUUAUCAUCAUAUGCUAAACCACUGUCAAGCAUUACGCCGUAGCGAGCCGAGUGGCACUGAUUCCAGCGCUAGUAUUGACGUACUCUUAGGAAAUCUCAGUCUUAGGGCGUCUUUGAGAAGCGAUCUUCUAGCUGCGGAUCAUGCUUUAUGUCAGAGUGACUGUCCACAUAGCGCAGACGUCCAGCAUAGUUUUCCAAUACUAGACGAUCACUCAAAACCUGUUCAAACGCAAACGGACGACAGUCAUUCCGUACGACAGUUGAAUGAGGAAAUGUAUCAUGCUAAUGCCCAAGGUGAUGGAGUCAAUGUAGGUCAACAAAUCGAAAAACCUUCCCACGUAGAUCAAAUUGUGCAUGGUGAUGGCGAUUGCAAGCAAAGCCGCUUGAGCAUGGAUUACGAACAGGAAUUCGGUGAGAGAAACCUGACUGGAAAACAUACGAGAUUGCCGGAUUGGGACCCGAGGGCAGUGGAAAGGCCUAUCGAGAAUGAAGAGUGGAUUGCGUUUUUACAAAGAUCAAUGGAAGAAGUUAUGGAGGGUGAAAUUGACUCACUAUUGCAACAAAAUUGCGUCUCGGUGUUUGUUUCUCCUUUAAGAAAUCCGGCAGCUGGUUGUCGAGUCGUUGAAUAUGUAACUUGUUUAUUAUCGCUACCGUUCACCGUGUCAGUCAGCAAGGAAAAUCUUAAGAAAAUCGAGCAAGUUUAUCUAGACGUGAGAGUAGUACCAAAUCUCGUUUAUGCUAUAAAACUGUUAAUGUCAGAACGUUCCGACAACGAGUUGAACGCAACAAACACAGUGAACGUGAAAACGAGAUCAGCAUCUUCUUUAUCCGCCGAUGAACUUCAAGCACUCGAAUGCGCGAUGCUAGUCCUUUGUAGAUUGGUUUACAUUGAAAAUCAAUUUCUCAUGCAGUUUUGUGACGCCAUUUAUAUCGUGAAUGGAGUGCCACUUCUACAGCAACUACUAGCGUUAGAAAAAAGGAAGGCGAGGGUCGUUGCAGACCUCGUUGCUAUUUUAAAUAACGUUCUACGAUCUCAACCUGAAAAUGCCGAGCUUGUGGAACAAGUCGUUCUGCGUACAAAAAUUCCCGGAGCUUCGGUGGAGCAGCUCAACAAACUUCUCAGUCAUCGGCAAACUAUCUUACGAGCAAGGACGUGUACUAUGAUCAGACUAUUGGGUAGAUUUUGCUGCAGAGCGUUACAACAAGUUUGGAACAAGCCGUUAAGAGAUCUCAUAGAAAGCUUAAUCAAGGACGAAGAUGAACAUGUCCGACAUGCGGCAGAGGAUGCUGUAAAUGAAUUAAAACAGUUAACAUAUUACAAUUAGAAAAGUUUUGUCGGUUAAGGAUGAAAUAAGCAAAUUAGGGACCAAUUUACAGUACAAUUACUACUCGAUAAGUCUUACGAUGCCUCAGGAUUAAAUAUUUAAUUUUUGGACUGAUAUUUAUACUUAAGAAAUAUUAAUAUUCGUGGUAUUUUUAUAAAUUCAUUUAUAAAGAAUAAUACAUGCAUUUAAAUCUAAAAACAUGGAAAUGUACUAUGUCAAUAUCUGCUGGUAUAUCCAUGCUUUGUUAUACAUUUUGAAAUCUGAUUGUUUAAAAGCGCAAAUUUAAUCGAAUAUCCAUC